AAUCGAAAUAGAAACAAAGUGGUAAGGGGUUAAUGCUCAAGCCGUCUUCCUAAGCUCUCAAGUAGCAGAAGACGAGAUUCACGUGGGAAAAUGGUGCAGCGGCUGACCUACAGGAACCAAUCACCACCGCAUCGUCAAAACUCCCGGUAGAUUCCUGACUUGAGACCUGCUGAGUACAAGAGGUCUAGAUUAUCCCAGAAUCGUACAACUGCGAAUUGUGCCUAUGGUGGAGUCUUAUCCAGUGCUGCUGUGAGGGAGAGAACCAUUUUUGCGCAGCAAAAACCCGAAGCCGGAACCAUGGUGCAGCGGCUGACAUACAGGAAGCGACAUAGCUACGCAACGAAAUCUAAUCAGCAUCGAGUCGUCAAAACUCCCGGAGGGAAGCUAGUGUAUCAGAGCACCAAGAAGCGUGCAAGUGGUCCCAAGUGCCCUGUUACUGGAAAGAGGAUCCAGGGGAUUCCUCACUUGAGACCAGCCGAGUACAGGAGGUCUAGAUUGCCCAGAAAUCGUAGGACUGUCAACCGUGCCUAUGGUGGAGUGCUAUCUGGUGUAGCUGUGAGGGAGAGGAUCAUUAGAGCUUUCUUGGUGGAAGAGCAGAAGAUCGUGAAGAAGGUGUUGAAGAUACAGAAGACCAAGGAAAAGCUUGCCUCUAAGAGCUGAAGAUACUUUUGGGAACCAUUAGUUUUGAGGAAGUUUGGGGUUUUACUCAGAUUUUUUAAACCUUGUCGUUUCUCUGGAUUUUUGGAAAUGACAUCUAUUGUGAUCUUCAGUUUGUCAAAAUAUCUCUAGCAUUUUGAUGGCGAUUAACUUUUUGUAAUGCCUUAAUCUUAAUUCCAAUUAAUUAGUAAUUACUAUUGCGUUUUA